UAAAGUAAAUAUAAUAACGAAUUACUCAUAGACAAUAGGAAUACGCACAUACAUUGAUUAUUAUUGGAUCAUGUAUGUAUAUGAAUUGUUCAUACUUAUCUAUUUUAUUAUGUGAACCUCAAUAAGUAUUGACAUUAAAUAUGUAUAGAGCCAGCAUUAUUCAAAUCUUAUUUCUAAUAACUACAACAAUCUGUCAAGAAUCCAGGUAUAUUGUAGCAAAAAUAUCACAAAAGAAGAAAUUAAAGACAGCGAAAGCUUAAUUAAAGAAGAAAGAAUACGAUAGAAAGCGAAAAGAGGAAAGCUUGUGCUGAAACUUUACAAAAACUUUGAGAAAAAGAAAAACUUAAAUAUUCGGGAAAAAAGAUCAAGUAAAGCUUGAAAGUGCUAUGAAUUUAAGAGAAAGAUGACAAAAAAGGGAACAGUGGCGAUAAAUUAGCGCAGUUUACAGAAAAAAAUGUAAUAAAGAAGUAUUCAUUAUAUGUAUGAAAAAAGUAUCAAAAUGCCGGAAGAAGCCCAUAAUGAAAGAUAAAUAACUUUAUGCAUGGAAUGACGUUCUCCAAAUAAUUAAACCUCCUAAGUUACUUAAAAAAAUUAAUACUUUGUAGAGGAAGUAGAUAAAGUUUUAAAAAAUGCAAAAUACUUAAUAAAACUGAAGGAAAGUAAAUUUUAGAGAAAUUGGUAAAUCAUACUGGACUCGGCGAAGUUAUAAAUUAUGGCACCGGUAACCUAAAUCUUAACAUAAUACUAUUAAAUGUACCUGGAAAGAAUAUAGAAUGUGAUUUUUAUGAAUAUAAACAAAUGAGCCGGAACAUAACAAUAGAUUUGAAAAAUAGAUGUAUUGAACCUGCUUCACAAAAUGAUCUAUCAUUCUUUAGUAAAAGAGUUAAAGGACAAGCUGUACAACACACAUUUUUAAUAAGAAAAACAAAAAACAAACGCGACACUAUCAAGUGUUCGCUAACUUUCAAUUUUGGAAAACAAUCUGGUUUUUUUACAGUCAAUAAUAUGUUUGAAGCUUUAUAUAAUCUGGAAGUCUACAUGAUAUUGUAUGAUUUUGAUAACAACACGUCUAUAAACUGUGAGCAAAUAAUACAAGCUGGUAAAAUCAAUAAUGUUUACAAAAAUAAACUUUAUAUAACUGUAAAACCAAAUAUAAAAAAUAGGGUAACAAAUGAUUCAAUCAAUAAAAACCUAACAUAUUACAAGUUGAAUGACGUUUACAAGAGUACUUGUCACGGACAGAUUAUUAUUCAAGUCGAUAACAAUAACAAAAUUUUAAAUGUAAGUCGAGUUGAUAAAUUAAAUCCUUUUACAUAUACGUUGCGCGUGCAAGAUAAUAAUACAGAAAUGAUAUGUUUAUAUUAUUCCAUAGUCUUUCAAAACUCUGUAAAAUUAUACAGACGAAACAUUUCAAAACAUAUCAUACUGUUAUACGACGACAGCAGUGAAGGAUUCUCCAUGGUAUAUAUAUCAGUACUUUUACUGGGUUUUAUAACCAUAGCAUUAUGGUAUUUUUAUAAAAGAAAAAACGUUACAGUUAAUGUUCCUUCACAAGAAGAAGCAGUAUAUAGCGAACCUAUAAACGUACAGUAUGCUGAAUUACAGCUGAACGCGGCAAAAAGACACACACCAAUUCAAAGGGAGAACGUUGCGUAUUCGGAAAUUAUUGGUAUACUGGCUCCUCGAUAAUCUUUACUUUUUUUUCCAACUGGAUGUAACAAAUAAGCUGACAGCUUACGUAAUGUAAACAGCACAGAAUACUAUGCUGAACCGCUGAACUGCUUCUUAUACGGUGCAAUUCCGAAGAAAAAAUGCAUCUCCUUAUCCAGUAAAUGCACUAUCUUCAAAGUAAACCACAGCUAUGCUAGCACAGUUGUUUAACGGCACAGAAAUCAUUAACUUUGUUAAUUAAUAAUUUUUGGUCAUUCUCUACCGCGUGUGUAACCAGUAGAUAAUAAUUAAUCACUUAAAAUAUUAAUAAAGACUACUUAGGUAAUUAUAGUAUUUUUGAGUAUGUAACCCUAUAAAUAAUAUACUUGUUUUGUAAAAUAUUAUUUUAAUAAUUCUAACGAAGCCUUGAAAAUCAUUAUAAAUAUACAUGAUUUUGUAAACAAUUUAAUAACAUAAAAUUAAUUGUAAUUCCUGACAUCUAGUAACUAACUUUGUAAUUAUUAUAAUACAACCGUAGACUAAAUAGGAUACUGAAUGCUCAUAAGAAUUACUAUUGUUCCACUUAGACGAUAGAUGUCACUAUCGCUUAAAAUAAUUUAUAUUGCAAGACUAUUUUAAACUAAUAAUUUUAUAUAGCUAUUUCUCAAUACAUUUAAAUACAAGCAAAUUUUAAAUUUACAUUACUGUAGUGGACUGAAAUGUCAAAUCUUGUAAUAUUUGUCUUAAAUUGGUCUAGAUUAUUUGGUAAUUGAUAAAUUGGUAUAGCUGGAAAAACAUGUAAAAUUUCUUAUUCUUUUUCAAACAUGCUUUAGAGGACAGAGGUACCCAAGCAAACAUUGUGUUUGCACGGCUGUGCUUCGGUUUAAAGGGUGGGAUAUGGCGUGAAUUUACUGGGUACAGAGGAAUAACAUCUGAGUCCUCAGGAAUGGCAACGCAUGAGGGGUAUCAUGGGCGAAACAGUAUACUCUGUUAUGCCCAUAGUACUGCUCAUGUCUAUAGGCGACGAUUACCACUUUCCAUCAGGUGGGCCGUCAGAUUGUUUGCUAUUCUAAGUUGUAUAAAAAAACGACUUUUGUACAAAGUCUCCCUCUGGAAUGGAGAAGAACGUAGGCUACUUUUUAUCCCGGUUCGUGAAUAUAUCUCGGUCACGCGGACAAAGUUGUGGAUUGAAGCUAGUAUUAGUAUAAGGCACAAUACAAUACAACUUACGAUAGUUAUUCUUUAGAAAUGUUUUAUAUUACGUACCCGAGUUUCGUAUUGGAUUAUAUAUUAUAUAAUUCAAGUACCUACAUUAAUUGUAAAAUCACCGAUUCUGAGAAUACAGUUUGAUGGAUGCUGAAGAAAAAGUGUUGAUACGAAAGCAAGUUAAUUAUAAGGGACGGGCCACCAAUUUUAUUUGUUAUCUUGGCAAUUGAUAUAAGGCAAGGUCCGUUCCUAAAAGUAUGUAAUGAAAAAUAGCUUUUGGAUAUUUUAAGAUUUUAACCCAGAAAAAAAAACUAUUUCAAAUGUGGCAAAACAAGUUAAUUUGAUUUAAAAGAAACUACUGAACUGACUAUGAUAAAUUUUUUGGGACAAUCUAAGGCAGUGAUUCUCAACCACUGUGCCGCGGCACUUUUGUGUGCCGCCAAUUUUUAAAAGUGUGCCGUCAAAUUUUGCAAAUAUUUAAAAUUUUUGUCAUAAACUAUUUAUGCAGUGUGUUGUAGUAAGUAAAUAUUUUUUAUCUUUUUCUUUGUGUGCCGCCAAAUUUUGAAAUCGUUAAAUAUGUGCCGCAACAAAAAAAAGGUUGAGAAUCACUGAUCUAAGGUAUAUCUUUUCAGAUAUAAAAGAAUUUCCCAAAUCAGUUUAUAACUGACAAAAUUAUGAGGCAUCAAAAAAAAUACAACCAAAUUGAGAACUUCCUUUUUUUAACUCGGUUGAUAAAAUGCUCUAAUUUAGUUAUUUCACCAAUUAUGAUGUUACUCAAACCAUCAUCAGAGUCGAUUAUGUUCGAGGCUCAGUAUCAGACAGAGCUCACCUAUUACCUAACCAACAUAAACCGGGGGGAAGAGAUUGUUAGUAAUGGGGUCUAACUACCCCCUUGCUGGCAAUAUACCCUAUCAGGUCGACCGUGGUUCCCCCUGGAAACUAUCGUGGUUAAUUCUGGUGGAAUUCUUCACGAUGGGCUUACUGACCUGCUUUCAUGCUCACCUAUCAUCUAUCACUAGUCCUCCACCAGCGUUACCAAUAGCGCAGGCGGGGUUACCAUUCCAUUGUCACCCAUUAAAAAAAACAACAUAGCAGUAACAGGCAGCGAGGUUACUACUCUAUUAUCGUUAAUGUUUAUUAAUAUUGAAUUUAAUUUAUUAUUUUUUCUGUUAUUUGAGAACAAAUAUUAUGAGUUAAAAUCUCAGCACAGUAUUCAGCUCCUGUCUGGUCGCUGGUUUUUAUUGUUGAUAAAUUUGUAGGAACUUUGAUCCAGAAGAAUAAAAUUUAAAUAUUGACAUGCAUGUAUUGUGAAAAGACAAAAAAAAAACAAUAUUAUCGUAGAAACAAAAAAAAAGUAUUUUACAAUAAUGAAAUAGUUUCUGUAUCAAUGUUUUUGUUUAUAUUGAAUACAUAUUUCUUACAAUUACAUACAUUCCUUACUCACAAUCAACUUGAACUUGACGCGUGACAAGUAUAUAAAACUUAUCUUCUUACUUACUUAUCCUAUGAAUUAAGUAAGAGUAUAACCUACGUCUGUACCAAAUCUCAUUUCAAAUUCGUUUAACUAUUCAUUAAUAUUUACACAGGCGAAGCCGUGGUAUAUAGCUAUUAUAAAGUAGCUAGAGUUAGUACUGUAAACAUGUAGCUUCGUUUGCAACAUAGCGAUUGACUAAGAUAAAAAGUAAUUAUUUUCUUCUUAACCUAAAAUACUAGAUGAAACAAAUUUUAUGACGAUUGAUACAGCCGAUAUAGUACUGUUAAGUAAGAACCAAAAGCUACUUACAUAUAAUACUCACAAGUAAGUAAGGGUACCGCACAUAACCAUCAUCCAAUUUGUCCCCAAAUCUCUUCCCAAGCGAUCGCGACGAAUUAAAACAUUUCAAAUUAUAAUUUACUUAAUUUCGUUUCAAGAAUUGACCGGCAAAAACAUAUUCGGAACACGGUGAACAGAAUCGGCCAAUGGCGGCGCGGUAUCAUAAGAAAGGGUAAUUAAAAAUUCGGUCAUCAAAAUGGCCGACAGCGGACGUGGAGUUUAGCAGCGAAACGGUCAUUUGCAGUAAAAAUAUUUUUAAUUUUUUUGUCUGCGACUUCGUACUCUUUGUUUUUUUAAAUAUACGUAACUGUUAUUUCUAUAUUAUAUAUGAUAUUACUUCAUAUAUCCUAUCUUAGUAAAAACAAACAGGCUAGCUUAUUAGUACGUGUAUUUCAGAAGUAGAAAAGUCAGUGGAAUAGACCAUAAAUGGCGUAUGAAGAUAAAAUAUAUUACCAAUUUUUAGGUUACACCUAUAGAAAUACAACUGUGAAGCGCGCAUCCAAUUUGAUACAGUAAUUUUUGCGUAAACACGGAACAAACAAAUAGACGGAAAGUCAAACUAAAUUUUCAUAAAUCAUUGAUUUAUAUACUCUUUAUUGCACCAUUUAAAUAAUAAUAUAAAAAUAUAUAUUUAGUAAUAAGAUGUGCAAUAUAAAUAAUAUAGCAAUCUCGAUUAAUAAAUAAUUUGGCAUUAUAUUAAGACAGCUUAUAUUUUUUUUUAAAUCUCUCAUGUACAGAGAUCGUGUAGUUACAAUUAGAUUAUAUGAGUGCCUAUUACUAAGACUAUUUGACUUUCAGGAACAAAACCGUAAAAUUUGCAUCUAAUUUGGUACAACAGUGAUGAGGAAACAAAUAUUAACACAUAGAUAAAUAUCUAAAAAUUUACUGUUUUAUUACAGUUAUAAAGAUCACUAAUUUUUUCCCUCAAAUAAACCAGAGGAAGACUUUGUAUCAAAAUCAUUUGCUUGGGUAUCUGUCUCAUUCGUGUUUUUGCUGUAAAGCAGUUGUCGACCAUCAGGCAUUUCAACCUGGAAAUUAUGGCGAUUUAUAAGAAUAAAGUUUUUAUCCUCACCACGUCACACUUCAUCAGCGUCUUGCAAGUGUACACCAAUCCAAUAACAUUUCUUAACAACAAUUUUAGUACAAUCAACUACAUACGUUCUUUAAGAGGUUAAUUUAUUUAUUUAAUUUUUUUUUGUAGCAUAUAGGUAACUUACAAUUUUGAUUUGGCUAUGCGUUUUCAAUUAGACAUUGAUUGAGUUAAAGUUUUUUUAAAUAGAUUUACAGAAACCAUUUUUACUAUUAAUCUUUUCUAUGAUGUUAAUACCAGAAAUAAUAUUAAUCAUCGUAAAAAUAAGUAAUUCUUUAAAAAAAUGACCAAUUAAAGAUCACUACAACAAACGAAAGGGACAAAAUAUUUCUGACUAUUAUAUAUUAAUAUUUUCCCAAACAACUUGAGAAAAUAGAUAGAUAGAUUCUUUAUUUGUAUUAUUUAUAACACAUAAAUUACAAUAAAUAAACAGGCACAAAAAGAGAGAAUAUAAAAAAGAACCGAUAAUUCACUAAAAUGUCCAUAUAAAUAAAGUAUGGGAUAUUUUCGACCUUUCAAGUUUGGAGUUUUUAAUUUUUAUAAUAUAAUAUUUUUAAUUAACAGAUUAUCUGAAAAUAAGUAGAAACUGUUAUUUUUAUUAAAAGAAAUUUAUUUAACACUUA